UCAGACUAUUUCUUAUGGAUCCAAAGAAAGGCCAAUAGAAAUAACCAUACAGUAGAAUAGUAACAAAGUUGUUCAAAAUGGCGUUGGGUGCCGCAAGUUUCUUUACUUGUAAUUCACGAAAACUCCCACAUUGGUAUUAUUAAACUGAAAGUGCUUUCAAGUUGAUAUUAAAAAGUCCAAAAACAAAAUUUUAUUAUUGAGUGAUUGCCAAAAACCAUGAAAUGACUGGAUAUUGAAAUGUGGAUUUGUUAACCUUAUUGUAAAUCAUAAGUAAUAAGUUAUACUCAACAGCAGAUGAAAUUUUUUUUUAAAUGAUAGAUUAUCCCUAAUGAUAAUUACUAAUAAUAAUUUUUUUAUAUUCUUACUAGUGACCCAUAUAACAAUGUCAUUGCUCAAUUAAUCGAAUCGAAGCCAAUGGAUUCGGUAUCAAAAAUAAUUUAUUUAUACGUUUGAAGAAAAUGAAAACAAGUUAUCAUUACAGUGAAUAAUAAUGAUCUCAAUAAUUGAGUUAUCAUAAAGUUUUAAAUUAUUAAUUUAUAAAUCAAGUGAAUUUAUAAAUUAUCUUGUGGUUAUAAUUGUGUGGUAAAAUAAAGAAGUAUUUUUUUUCGGCGGUGACGAUGACGUUGAAUCCUAGAGAUAUGGAUGGCUUUAUGCCUUUACUAUCAACCAGCGAUAUUAAAACUAAAAUGAUAAUUGGUAAUAAUUUAUUAACGUAUCUUGGUGAUUUAAAUAACAGCAUUGAGUGUCAAGAUAUUGGAUUAUUUAUCGAUAAUGUUAUUCCUUGGUUGAAUAAUGGAAAUGCUAAGAUUGUCCAAAAUGGAUUGGAAAUACUCACACAAAUUGCAGAUCGGAUGGGACAUGAUUUUAAGCCAUAUAUUUCAUCGAUUAUUCAACCUACAAUUGAUAGAUUAGGUGAUAGUAAAGAUCUAACACGAGAAAAGGCAAGAUUGGUACUUUUAAAAAUUCUUGAAAAAGGAAGUAUGAUACCACAAUCAUUAUUGGAUCGAAUUCAUCCAACCUUUAUCCAUAAAAAUGCUAAAUUAAGAGAAGAAUCAUUAUUAUUAUUAACAACAAUUUUGGCAGAACACGGUGCGGACUCGUUGUCAUUAUCUUCAGUGAUACCGAGUAUUGUAAAACUUCUAUCAGACCCUAAUGAGAAAGUUCGCGAGACAGCUGUUAAUACUGUUGUCAAUAUUUAUAGACACGUUGGUGAAAGAUUUCGUAAUGAUUUACAACGUAAUCAUAACUUACCUUCCGCAAAGUGGCAAUUACUGGUUGAAAAGUUUGACCAAAUUAGAGCUGAAGGCGAUCUUUUUCCACAUGCUAACGCAAUGGAUGUUGGGAGAGAUACCGAUGAGCUUGAUAGAGUGGUGAGAUCUGCACCAGCGAAAAAAAUAAAAAGUGUUUUACCAAAAAAAAGCCAGUUUGGACCGAGUGUUAAAAUACCAUCAAUAGGUAACGCUGGAGCAGUUGACGAAGAAUCAUUUUCCAAUGCAUUCGAAGACGUGCCUCAGGUACAUCUAUUUUCAGCCAAAGAUCUCGAGGAGCAUUUUAAAACAAUACGUGACACUAUUGGCGAUGACAAAAAAGAUUGGAACCAAAGAAUCGACCAUCUUAAAAAGAUACGUGGCUUAGUAAUGGCUGGUGGAGCAUCCUACGAGAACUUUAUGGAAUUGUUAAAAAGUAUACAAAACCCAUUUGAGGGUGCUUGUACUGAUUUGAGAUCUCAAGUUGUCAAAGAAGCGACUAUUACGCUCGCUUAUCUAAGUCGACAGUUAAAAAAUAAAAUUGCUCAGUUUGUGGAAGGUUUACUUGGACCGGUAAUGAAUCUUAUACAAAACAGUGCCAAGGUUGUCUCAUCAUCCGGAGCAGUAGCAUUACGGUUUAUAUUCCAACAUACACACAGUGCGAGAUUUAUUCCAAUACUUACCGCAUUUUUUACAAGUAAAAGUAAAGAUAUACGAAGAGCUGCUUGCGAAUAUGUUAAUCUGAUAUUACAGUCCUGGUCAACGUCAUUAUUACAAAAGCAUAUUAAAAUAUUACAAGAUGCUAUUGGUAAAGGGAUUGGCGAUCCUGAUGCUGAAGCCAGGUCUCAUGCAAGAAAAGCAUUCUGGGCCUUCCGAGAUCAUUUUCCUGAUCAAGCAGAAAUGCUACUGAAUACUAUGGAUGCGUCGCACAAACGGAAUUUAUUAUCUCAAAGCAAUAGCGGUAGUGUAAAUAGUUUGAAUGCUGUGGUAAGAACACCAAGUAUACCACCAAGAUCCACGCGACCGACUAUGAGUGCAGCAGGCAGUACGGAAAAUUUACAUCAGACGCAAAGUCCGCCAUAUGGACCGCUUAAACGGACACCAUCUCUACCACGAUCUUAUCGUCAGUCUGGAAUUCCAGUUCUACAAAGACCAACUGACAAUUACUGUCGAGUAUCACCAGGACCUAGAUCGAAUAGUGCAAUAGACCUUCAAGCUGCUCGGCGUGCACAAUCAAGAUUAAAGUAUGCUAAUAUUAACCGUACUAAAGCUACUACAGUUCGACCAGUAGCAAAACAAGUUGAAACAAAUUUGUUCACAAGUCCUGAAAGAUCUGCAAGAACGAAAACACGAGUCUCAGGAGUUUCACAAUCUCAACCAAGCAGUAGAUCAUGUUCACCAGCAUCACGAAUGUCUUACGCAUCUUAUAGUCGUGAAGGCGACUCAUUUAUUGCUCGACCAAGACGACUUUCUGGUCAGGGAAUGCGUAGCACAGAAACAAGCCGUGAUCCUAGUCCUCAGCGGUUUGGCUUAGAUCGUAGUGUCAGUUCUAAAUUACGUGAACGUAAUUUAUAUAUGUCACCGCGACCACCUGUGAUGGCUCAAAAAAUGUUACAGCAAUCACAAGCUGCGGAAUCAGCUCUUGCUGAUGCAUUGACUUUCGAUCGUGAUCAUCAUCCAAAAACACCUAAUAGAAAUAAGGGUGAUCAAAGCGAUGACAGUGAAACUAGUAGUAUUUGUUCUGAACGUAGUAUGGAGAACUUUCGACGACCUAGUGAUUCUUUUUCAUGGAGCGGCUCACAACAGAGACUUUACCGUGAAGCGUGGGAUCAAUCAGGGCCGAAGGAUAUAAAAGAAAUAAUUGAAUGGUGUGGACGCAAGCAAUGGGGUGAACGUAAGGAAGGAUUAAUGGAUUUGCAACAAUUUUUGAUAAAUGGAAAUACAUUGACUGCGACAGAAUUGCGUCAAAUAACGGAUAUUUUUACAAAAAUGUUUAUGGAUUCACAUACCAAAGUAUUCAGUUUAUUUUUGGAUACACUUAAUGAACUUAUAAUAACUCAUAGUGAGGAUUUAGUGGAUUGGUUGUAUGUUUUAUGCACGCGAUUACUGAACAAACUAGGAAUGGAUCUUCUUGUGUCAAUUCAAACAAAAAUUAAUCGAUCACUUGAUGUUGUUAAAGAAAACUUUCCUAGCGAACAAUUGUUGCCGGUAGUGAUGCGUUUUCUAACUGACCCCGCACAUACUCCAAAUUCUCGAGUAAAAGUAGCGACUCUUACCUUUUUAACUCACAUAGCUGACAACGCAGAGCCUUCAUCAUUAACUCCAAGCUGUAAAUCUGCACUCGUACGUUUAUUAGAUUGGACAAGUGACAUGAAGUCUCAGGAAGUUCGUCGUCACGCUUCAGAGGCCAUAAUUGCUCUGUAUAAUCUCAAUCCACCUCUGUUCCCAAUGUUGUUGAACGAACUUCCAAAAAUGUAUCAGGACACCGCAAUGCCUUUAAUUCAAAAUCAUUUAAAACGAUCACCAGCUUCAAAUCCAGCAUCACCAAGCGGUCAAUUACCAAGAGUACCUCAAUCUCCAGCUCGAACAGUAAUACGUCAUGAUUUAGAAUCAGACGAUCACUUGAACCCCGAAGAAGUUUAUAAAUCUCUACGACGUACAACAGCUGAGAUUCAAAAUUAUGGAUUUGAACGUAUGGAAGGUGCAACUUCUAGCAAAGAUUCUGGUAUAAGUAAUAUGGCAGAUGUUGAAGAAAAAAUAGAAAGUUUAACUUUGUCUAACUCUGGAAGAUCAUCAUCGGUUUCAUCGCCAACUCAACGUGGCCGCAGUGUUGGGUCAAUUACUGUUAACGGUUCAAGUGAUACAAUAGCUGGUGAUUUAAUAUUACCUGAUCGGCGUAAUAAUGGGUACGAAACCCACAACGUUGCUGGUGUAUCACCAGAACUUCCACGUGGACCGGAAGUCUUUGAACGAACAUUAAGACUACUCCAAAGUUCCGAGACACAGACGCUGGAUAAAGCUAAUGUUUUAAGAGAUUUUCAAAUUUACAUUCGUGAUGGUGAUGGCGCAAAGUAUGUGAUAACACAAUUUAAAAAACUACUUAAAACAAUGCUCGAUUGUUUAGCAUUAGAUGAUAAAAGUCUGGAAAUAGAAGUGUUGAAAACUUUAAUUGAAAUGCUUAAGUGUCGCGAUUUGACAAACUAUUUUGAUGAUUUCGCGGAUUUAUUAAUUUUAAAAGUAUUAAAUGAACAUAAAUCGGAUGCCUAUGAAGGUUCGAGCAGCAGUCCACGACGAGGUAACUCCAGCGCUCAUUGUGCUAAACCUCUUCAAUUAUUGAAAGCUGCUGAAGACUGUGCAGCGAUGAUUGCUGCUGUUUUACCACCACACAAAACAAUUCAUUUAGCUUUAACUACUGCAAAAACGGAACCGUUCCCAAAAAAUGUCGCGGCUAUUAAGAUGAUACAAAAUGUUGUCGAACAUCGAGGUAAAGAUGCGCUUGGAGCACUAAUUGAUGACGUUAUGGGAACGCUCAUGCAGGCAUACGAGAAUCCAGAAAGUGUUGUACGAAAAGCAGCAGUAUUCUGUAUGGUAGCGAUUCAUGCAGCGAUUGGUGAAGAAUCAUUUAAUAAGUACCGCAAAAAUCUUUACGGUGGUAAAUUAAAAUUAUUAAAUAUCUACAUUCAAAAAGCACAAGAAGCCGUUCAGGCGUCAUCGAGUCCGAGAAGUAAUAAUAGUAAAAAUUAACUAACAUUUAGAAACUCUUAUAGUAAUAGUAAUAGUAAUUCUGAGACAUUAAGAGUUUCAAUAUUGAAACGAUUUGCAAGAUUUCAAGAGAGACACGAAUCAUUAUUGUUAAGAUUUAUUGGUAAAAGUGCUACAAAUCCAUAAAGUUUAUCUAAUAAAAUAUGAAUUAAAAAAAAGAAAAACAUUUAUUACAUUAUUAGAAUAAAGUUUUAAAAAUUGUAAUUUUUAAUUCAUUUCAAUAUUACUAGUAAAUAUUGAUUAAUCGAUUAGCUACUCUUGAAUGAAGACCAAUAUGAAAAUUAGUCAAAUGGUGACACGAAUGAUUGGGGAAAAUGAAGAUGAAAUUUUAUUUAAAAAAUACGAUGUAAAUAGAAAAAAAAAACAAUAUUAGCCAAUGGUCGAUGUAUUUUCCAGGUGAAUAUGCAUUAUUUGUCAUUAAAAUUAUUUAUUAAAUCUAUAUAUUUAUCUCACGAUUCGGCAUGGCAGGUUACUCCACUUCCGUGCUCUAUAUAUUUAUCUACAAUAAAAAACCAAUUCAUUCGGUUUAUUUUACACUUUAUAAAAACCAUAAGCAGAUACUUUGAUAACAUUAUUAAAUUAAUAGAUUAUAAUAGUCAUUAACCAACGUAACAAUAAUCAAAGGUUCCUCAUCGAGAAAUUAGUCCUUUUGUUUUUGCAUACUAAUAUUUAUUAUUUUUGGUAAGGACUUUAAUACAUUCAUCUUUUUAAAAUUAA